AUGUGCUGUUGUUGUGAGCGCCAUACACUGCACACCAGACACACCAGUGACACCAGUCACACCAGUGACAUGCCGCUGUUGUCCUUAACCGUGCGCUCUGCACUGGGCCGACACUACCUCGCCAUGUUCGAGGCCACGCAGAAUGUGAUGCUGAAGCCCAGUGAGUCGUGGAGAGAGGCGCUGCUGGACACGCGCGUCAUGGACCUCUUCUUCACCGUGCAUACAAAGGUGCGUGAGGACUCGGACAUGGCCCAGGACUCGCUCCAGUGUCUGUCCCAGUUGGCCUCCAUGCACGGCCCAAUCUUCCCUGACGAGAGCGCCCAGGUGUCCUACCUGGCCCACAUGGUGGAGGGGCUGCUAGCCAUGAUCAACGGGAUGGAGAUGGAGGACUCUGAGGCCAUGGGCAUCGCUAACAUCGUGUCCAACCUCAUUAGCAUGUUCCCGCGCACCACCCUCACCGCGCUGCCCCCCGACCUCUUCACCUCCUUCAUCAACUGCCUCACCCUCCUCACCUGCUCAUUCGGACGCAACGCCGCCCUGGAGGAGACGCUGGACAAAGAUGACAUGGUGUACAUGGAGGCCUACGAUCGUCUGUUAGAGUCGUGGCUCACUCUGGUGCGAGACGAGCAGCACUUUCCCCGUGGCGCCUUCCUGCAGCCCGCUGUUCAGGUCUUCAACGGAUACAUCCAGUGUCACUUGGCGGCUCCCGACGGCACACGCAACAUGUCGACCAAUGGUGUGACAUCACACGAAGAGGACGAGAUCAACGAGCUGCAGGAGGACGACCGCGAGCUGUUCUCAGAUCAGCUGAGUAGCAUCGGUAUGAUGGGCCGUGUGGCAGCGGACCACUGCAUCCCCCUGCUCACCAGCUUGUUAGAGGAGCGGCUGAGCCGGCUCCAUGGCCAGCUGCAGAGGACCCAGCAGAACCUUAUGGCCGCCUCUGACCUGGGAACCGUGGACCGGAAAGUCCUGGACGACCUGUACGAGGACAUCCACUGGCUCCUGCUGGUCUCAGGUUACGUCCUGACAGACGACCCCCAGGGAGAGACCCCCCUCAUCCCCUCUGAGGUCAUGGAGUUCUCCAUCAAACACUCCACAGAGGUGGACAUGAACACCACGCUGCAGGUGCUGGGUUCUCCAGGGGAGAAGGCCUCCUCCAUCCCCGGCUUCCACCGCACUGACUGUGUGGUCCGGCUGCUGUCUGCAGUGUUGCGGACGUCUGAAGUGGAGUCCAGAGCCACCAGAGCCAGCCUGACCUCGCUGCUCAGUCCUCAGAUGGGGAAGGACAUCAUGUGGUUCCUGCGGCGCUGGACCAAGAGCUAUCUGCUGCUGGAGGAGAAGCUGUACGAGCAGAUCAGCCUCCCCCUGAGCACCGCCUUCGGAGCAGACACAGAGGGCUCCAAGUGGAUUGUGGGAUACCUGCUGGAGAAGGUGAUCAGUAACCUGUCGGCCUGGAGCGCUGAGGGGGAGCUGGCCACCGACACCGUGGAGCUGCUGGUCACUCUGGUGGAGCGACGCGAGAGGGCGAACCUGGUGGUGCAGUGUGAAGGCUGGUGGAGGUUGGCCAAGCAGUUUGCCAGCCGCAGCCCCCCCCUCCACUUGCUGUCCAGCCCGGUGCAGAGGAGCCUCAUGAAGGCCCUGGUGCUGGGGGGCUUUGCCAACAUGGACGCAGACACCAAGCAGCAGUACUGGGCUGAGGUCCUCCACCCACUGCAGCAGCGCUUCCAGAACCUUAUCAACCAGGAGAACUUUGCCCAGAUGAGCCAAGAGGAGGCGGUGAAGCAGGAGAUCAUCGCCACUCUGGAGGCUCUGUGCGGGAUCGCAGAGGCCACGCAGAUGGACAACGUGGCCUCGCUCUUCUCCUUCCUCAUGGACUUCCUGUCCAGCUGCAUAGGGCUCAUGGAGGUGUACAGUAACACGCCAGAGACCAUCAACCUGAUCAUCGAGGUGUUUGUGGAGGUGGCCCAUAAGCAGAUCUGUUACCUGGGAGAGAGUAAGUGCAUGAAGCUGUACGAGGCGUGUCUGACGCUGCUGCAGGUUUACUCUAAGAACAACCAGAGCAGAAAGAGGAGAGACCCCUCUGCGGAGGAGGACCAGUACCAGGACCUCCUGCUCAUCAUGGAGCUGCUCACCAACCUCCUGUCCAAGGAGUUCAUCGACUUCAGCGACACAGAUGAAGUGUUCCGCAGUCAGGAACAGGGCGGAGCCUCCAGUGGACGUAACGUUUCUGCAGCCGACGUGGUUCUGUACGGAGUCAACAUCGUUCUGCCGCUGAUGUCCCAGGACCUGCUCAAGUUCCCGUCCCUGUGUAACCAGUAUUACAAGCUCAUCACGUUCAUCUGUGAGAUCUUCCCAGAGAAGAUCCCUCUGCUGCCGGAGGAACUGUUCAAGAGCCUCAUGUUCUCACUGGAGCUGGGCAUGACUGCCAUGAGCUCAGAGAUCAGUCAGCUGUGUCUGGAGGCGCUGUCCCCUCUGGCAGAACACUGCUCCAAGUGUCCCGACAAAGACUCCCCCCUGUCCCACGCCACACAGCACUUUCUCAAGCUGGUGUUUGACAUGUUGCUGCUGCAGAAGCACAGCAUAGAGCUAACGGUGGCAGCAGGAGAAGCCUUUUACUCCCUCGUGUGUCUGCACCAGGUGGAGUACUCUGAGCUGGUGCAGGCGCUGCUGUCCUCGCAGCGGGACGCCAUGGUUUACCAGCGAUUGUCCGAAGCCUUUCGCCAGCUCCAGGCCAGCAGCGCACCCCCCUCCCAGGACCGCAAGCACAAGCUGGCCUUCCUCAAGAGCCUGGAGGAGUUUGUGGCGAACGUGGGGGGCCUGCUGUGCGUAAAGUAG